AGAAACUCAAACCGAUCACUCGCAGUCCAAUCAGUCAAUACAGACCUAACCCAUUUACCGAAAAUGUUCAAGUUGGUGGUAUUGUCUGCUCUGCUCGCCGUAGCCGUUUCCCGUCCCGGUCACCUGUUGGAGUCCUCCCCGCUGGUCUAUGCCGCCCCAGCUGCGACGACCAUCGUCCAGGAGAACGUUUUGGCUAAUGUGGGAUCUGUGGUCAAGAGCGUGCCCACCUCCGUGAGCCACCAGAGCCAGUCGGUGGUGCACAGCCACUCACAUGUGGUGGAGGACAUCGUGGCCCCGGUGGUGAAGUCCACUCCGGUGGUCAGCUAUGCUGCUGCUGCUCCAGUGGUUCACUCCUCCUAUGCUGCUGCGGCUCCUGUGGUGCACACCUCCUACGCUGCUCCUGCUCCAGUUGUCCACGCCAGCUAUGCUGCUCCUGCUCCGGUUGUCCACACCUCCUAUGCCGCUGCUGCUCCCGUUCUGGCCACAUCCUACUCCCAUGUGGCCGCCUCAUCGCCGCUGACCUACACCGCCACUGGUGUGUGGUCUGUCUCCCUUUGCAGCGACACCAGUCGAAGAAUCCUCAACCAACUCCCCAUCAAAAUGUUCAAAUUGUUCGUUCUCGCUGCUCUUCUGGCCGUGGCUGCCGCCAAGCCCGGUCACCUGGCUGGUGCUCCUCUGGUCUACAGUGCUCCUGCCACCACCGUCGUCCAGGAGCCCGUUCUGGCCAAGGUUGGUGCCGUGGUGAAGAGUGUGCCCACUGCUGUUUCCCACCAGAGCCUGACCCAGGUCCACAGCACCCCCGUAGUGGAGGAUGUGGUCGCCCCCGUGGUCAGGACCACCGCUGUUCACUCCGCUCCCGUGGUGGCUGCCGCUCCCAUUGUCAAGACCGUGGCUCCCGUCGCCUACUCUGCUCCUCUGGCCUACUCCGCCCCGGUGGCCUACUCCUCGUACUCCGCCCCCCUGAGCUAUUCGGCGCCCGUGGCCUACUCCGCGCCCCUCUCCUACGCCGCCCCUGCACCCCUGCUUCACCACGCCCCCCUGACCUAUGCCGCCAGCGCCUGGUAAGGUGGUGAAGAACGAAAGAUUUUGGACUGUGCCUGGUUUAAUAUACUUCAUUAAACGAAACCGAAAAA